AUGAUCAAACCCAAUAUCCUUGCAACGUUGCAGGGUUCUGCUCUCCGGGAGCCAGACUUUGAACCGAUACCCUGGGAAGACCCACGCGAGAGACGAAACCCCCACCACUGGCCAAUCUGGAAGAAGUUAUUCCACACGGUUGUGCCUUGCAUUCUGGCCUUCGUGAUCACGUUCGGAACAUCGGUCAAUGAAGCCGCGCUCGAUCUGAUAGCGAUCAGAUUUAACGUAUCUCGAACUGUAUCCAUGCUUACGCUCACGGUAUACACACUUGGUCUGGCUUUUGGGCCUCUAUUCAUAGCACCGCUAUCAGAGACUAUUGGCCGCCGUCCGGUCUAUGUCUUCACCUCGUCCUGUUUGUUAGCAUUCAGUGCUGGUGCCGGGGCCGCGAACAAUCUUGCAACCCUACUCGUAUGCCGUGGGCUGGCGGGGGCUUUGGGGUCUGCUGGCGUUGCGAUCGGUGCGGGCACGCUGGCUGAUAUCUGGGAUCUGGAAAAAGAGGGGGGUCCUGCAUCCUUGCUCUUCAUCCUAGGUCCUUUCCUUGGGCCCACGAUGGGCCCACUCGCCGGGGCUUAUGUUCUGAAGGAUCAAGAUAGUGACUGGAGAUGGACGCAAUGGGUCAUGACGAUUCUCUGCGCGGUGGUCUGGCUCGGCGCGGUUCUGAUGCAGGAAACUAUGAAGGAGAGAAUCUUGAUCAAGGUCAACAAGAACAACAAUCACUCUGGAAAAGAGGAAGAUUCGCAACAGCAGCCGGAUACCAUGAAGCCCUCCCUGCAAGAGUUCAUCACUACGGGGCUUGGAAGGCCCGUGAAGCUUUUGUUUACGGAGGUCAUCGUGUUCUCAUUGACCCUGUAUACAGCGUUCGCCUACGCCAUGAUUUUCAGCUAUUUCGCCAGCUCGUCCUACGUCUUGACGGUGUAUUAUGGAUUUAACUGGCGGCAAAUUGGACUUAGCUUUAUCAGCGUGAUCGUCGGAUAUGUUCUUGCCGCGAUUAUGGUCGGGGUUUUCGACAAGACUCUGUACUCUUGGGAAGCUCACGCCGGCGGCCACUGGGCUGCCCUUGUCUGUGCAGGGAUCCCUUUUGGAGUGGGAGCGUUCUCUCUUUUCCUAUCAACCAUCACCUAUCUUGUUGAUGUCUAUCAAGCCGGAGCUGCAGCAUCGGCACUGGCCGCCAAUGGAGUUAUUCGAUAUAUAUUGGGAGCGACGUUCCCCCUAUUUACCGUGCAGAUGUACGAGAAACUUGGCGUGCACUGGGCGGGCAGUCUCUUUGCCUUUCUGUCGCUCCUUCUGCUACCAAUCCCUUGGGCACUCUUCAAGUACGGGGCUUCGUUGCGCGGGGGCAAGAAAUACUCGGGGUAA